UUUCUCAUUCGACUGCUGCUGAACCGAAGAAGAAAAAGGCGCUCGUGUAUGCGGAAAUACAAUUAUUGCCAGAGAAAUACCGGUAGUUAAUGAUGAGGCAAGAGUCUUGUGGAACAACCGGUUAUUGUCAGGUGUUGAGGUUUUCCUUAAAUACUUCAUCUUCAAUCUUUCACCUGAGUCGCUCUCAUGGCGGAGUUCGUUGAGAACAGCGGCUGUCAGGCGGACGGGACGGACGGCAGACUUGUCAUCGACGAGCCCGGUUGCGGAGCGACUGAACCGGCGACGGUCUCUCAGGGGCUCUGCUCCACAAACCACGUCCAAAACAAAAAGAAGCUGGUUCUACACGUAGACCUUAACAGCACCAUACUGGUGUCGGACGACGUGGCGGCUCAGCGUACGGUGGCCGCCCUGGAGUAUUACCUCACCACUGUCACCUGGGGAAAGAUGGGCAAAGACGGUAGGUGGAAAUGGCUGAGUGACUCACCCUCCCUGCUCCCGCCGUGUGAAGACGCCGUUAGCUACUACAAGCAGUUUGGACGAACACUUGGUUUCACCACUGCAGCGGGACGACGUUUCCGCAAGUUUCUGGAUGAGCAUUUGGAGCUUUUCCUCUGGCCUGCGGGCGUCAAGGCAGACAGAGAUCUGUCGGCCAAAGGCGAGGAUGGACGGCUGUACCACUGGAUCCUCCCCUCCUUCUUUCAGCUGCUCAAAGACCUGGUGCAGGAGCAACGGGAGUUCGCCAUCGUGUUCCGUACGUUCGGAACGGACCUUCCUCGCGUGCUGAGAGCUGUGAACAGGGCCCUCGUUGAAGGGGCCCAUCCACUGUUCCCUGAUCUGCCUGACCUGAUGCUGAGUGUGAACAUGACUCCAGGAAAAAUCCACUGCAACAGGAGGGGGGUUGUCCUGAAGCGCGGUGAGCAGCGCGUGUCGACCCAGGACGGGGAGAGAGGCCUGUACCGGUUCUUCAGCUCGGAGCAGGGCCUGGGAGGCUUCCAGGACGACUUCGGCUGGUGGGUUACCAACACGUAUUCCAUCCGUGGAGGGAAGCCGCUGUGGAUUGACCCCUUUGACCAGCAGGCUCAGCACAUCUUCAUAGAUGACAACAUACGACAGGACGAAGAGGACACCAUUGUUAAUCCUAGGGUUUUCUUGGGCCCCGGCAGUGAUGAGACUCGCAUGGCCUCCACCUCUGAGCUUUACGACGUCUCGCUGAUCCAGACCGACCUCUUCAGGGCUAUCGCUGACCCCAACUACUUCACCCAGCGCGUCCACAUUUGUCUGGAAAACUAUGAGCGGAACCUCCAGCAGGGUGCAGGCUAGAAGACGAUCCAGCGGCUUCGUCUGCACAUCACGGCUAACUAAGGUUACACUACAUGGCAAUGCAAAACGGCUGACGGUCAAACAGGAUGGGCUCCAGAUGUAUUUAAAAAUGUGGUAGAUAAGAUAAUUGCCACACUUCUUUAAAAUUCAUAUGCAACAGCUGUAUUUAGGACCAGAGGUGCUGUGAGUGGAAGCUACAAGUGUCAUAUUUGUGGUGUUCUGAGGUUGUUAACUUUAGCUACAGCUUCGUCACUGUUUACUGAUACUUGAGUAGAUGACUGGAAAAGCAUCCAGUAAUUGGGCGAUAUUAUUACUGCAGAACUGGCUUGAAUAUAUUUGUAACAAUACAUCAUUCCCUGAUGCGCACAGGUAAGAGUAAUUCAUAUCCAUUAUGAGUCUGUUGGCAGCUUGAUUAUGCACAGUGAAACCGCUUGGACCACACAGAGACAUCAUUAGGCUCAACUGGAGUUUGGAGUGUGUGUUUGCUCAGAUAUAUUUACUGCACUUUUUAAUAUUUGAAAGGACCUCUGUGUGGAACAUUUAAUAGUGCUCAUUUUUUGUUGGAGCUGCUUUUUUCUUCUUUUGCUCGAAGGGGUUUAGGGUAUAUUUAUUUUUUAGCUUCCAGAGAGAUUUAUUUAUUUUCCUAUUACGUUAUUUUCUCCGGGUCGCUGUUUGAGGCAGCUCAAUCCAGGCUCCCGAUAAUCAAAGAGAAAACUCUGGCGGGUUUCUGAAACGGGGCAAUGUGAUAAUUCCAUUCAUUUUUCCAGAGAAUGUGUUUCUUCAAAGAAGAUUAAGCAUAAAAGAAAAGUUGGGACGUGAAUGUAGAACCUUUCAUUUGUCACGGAUUUAACUUAGUUUUCUGAAUUUCAUAAAAGGGAAAACGAAAACAUGACAUAUUGUAAUUAUACAUAACUUUAUUAUAUGUAGCUGCUUUAAUAUGCUACAGUAUUGUGCUAUGAGGUAUCCAACCUAAUAACCAUGCUACCAUUCCUUUGAUGUGCAACACAUGAAACUGAAUCAUAUGUAUUUGUAUUGUAUCAGACAUGCUGGUCUUGAAUAAAUCUUUAAAAUCUUU